AGAAGAAAGUAUACAUUUUUAAAUGCGAUAAAGUCGAUACAAAAUGUUCAUCUCUAUAUCCUCCAAUUAAGCUGUGGUGCUAUGGUUAAACCUGUUUUGUUUUGUUUUGUUUUUUUUUCAUUAAAUUUUAACCUAAAUCUCACACUGCUAUGGUAUUUUUUUUGUUUUUAAAAAAUAUCCAGUAUUUUUCUCAAUUCAGAAUAUUUACAAUAUCAAAAAUGGCAAAAAGCAAGUUCGAAUACGUAAGGGGCUUUGAAACAGAAGACUAUCUUUUACCCAACUGUUGGAUAGUUGUUAGAAUCGAUGGUAAAGACUUCCACAAGUUCUCGAAGAAGCACAAUUUUGAGAAACCAAACGAUCGACGAGCACUUAGCCUGAUGAACAGAGCUGCCGUUUCUGUGAUGGAAGAAUACAAAGAUGUGUUGUUGGGAUAUGGUCAAAGUGAUGAAUACUCUUUCGUUAUUCGUAAAGACUCUACGAUAUAUAAUAGAAGGAGAAGUAAAAUAACAACGUAUAUUAGUAGCCUGUUUUCAUCCUCGUACGUGUACUAUUGGAAAGAUUAUUUUAACGAUAUAAAAUUGAAGUAUCCACCAUCUUUUGAUUCUCGGUGCAUACUUUAUCCAACCAACGAGAAUCUAAGAGAUUAUUUGAGUUGGAGGCAGGCAGAUUGUCACAUAAAUAACCUUUAUAAUACUACGUUUUGGGCGCUAGUUUUAAAAGGAGGCCUAACUAAUGCCGAAGCCGAGAAAAGACUUUGUGGGACACUUUCUAGUGAUAAAAAUGAGAUUCUGUUUAGUGAAUUUGAUACAAACUAUAAUAACGAAGCGUUAAUCUAUAGGAAAGGAACGAUACUGCUUAAGAAGAGGAUUAAGCACCCGACAACUGGGAAAAAUAGACUUGUUAUAUAUCCUCUACACGAAGAUCUGAUUCAGGAUGUGUUUUGGAGGACAAACAGUGAAAUUUUGGAGAUUAAGAGUUGUGGUUUCUAUGAGGUUUCGCAAGACAUUGAAUUGCCAGAUCUUGUCCUGACACAGUUACAUAGUUUUAAAAGUUCAGAAUUAUCAGAUAAGAGUGAAAAAAUAUCAUGACUAUUUUUGUUUUAAAUUAAUAAUAGUAAUUAUAUGUUUUUUACUUGUUUCUAUGAAAAUAAUGUAUAAAUAUGUUAAUAAAAUUUUAAAUUUUAAUUUAAACA